AUGCUGAAGCCCAACGGGUCACCCACAGCGCGCCCGGCUCAGCGGAGGAAGGCGAAGAACGAGCUGGGCGGCGGCCUCACGGCGGCGCAGAAGCGCGAGGCGGAGGCGUGCGUGUCGCUGCAGGAGCAGCGGGUGCCGGCCACCAUCUUGACCGGCUUCCUGGGCGCGGGCAAGACCACGCGCCUCGGCUUCGCUUUUGCGGUCUCGGCUUUUUCGAAGCAGGCCGCGCGAGUGGCGCAUGGCGCGCAUUUCCGGGGAAGGUUCCUGAACUUCGUGCUGAAGAGCCUCGGCCACGGCCAGAAGAUCGCGGUGGUGCAGAACGAGUUCGGGGCCGUGCCCGUGGACGAUCAGCUCAUGCUGCUGGAGCAGUCCGCGGCCGAGACCAUCGUGAUGCCCAACGGCUGCCUCUGCUGCCGGGUGCGCGGAGACCUGGUGGAAGCCCUGAGGCCUCGCCUGGGAAAUCGGCGGAGACAUCGGCGGAGAAAUCGGCGGUUCCGGGGUUACGGGAUUCGUGUGCACAGAAAAGCCGAGGUAGUCGCCCAGACGCAUUGUUUGCACGGGGGAUAUGUUUGGUGA